UCAUUAGCACUGAUCAGUCGGAGGCGCCCGUCACUGUUAUACCUCACUCAUGUAGCAAUCUCUUAUCUAAAUAGUACCAAUCAUUUUCUUUGUCGUUUGUGAUCAUAUCAACGAGUGGAUUGUGGCUGAGUGAACAGAUUCCGUGCGCAAUUUCAUCUUUUAAUCGUCUUUAUUUAACUCUCCGGAAUGGUGCACCAUAAUAUCCAGAUCGGACUUAACAACAUUGUGUCGGAUGCGGUAACGGGCCCAGAAGAAGUACCAGGCAAACAGAACGGCGAUGCAGGUCGUACAGGCACCGUCACCUACGGCAUUGACGACGUGCCGCCAUGGUACCUGUGCAUCUUUAUGGCUCUGCAGCAUUACCUGACGAUGAUCGGCGCAAUAGUGGCGAUCCCGUUCAUCCUGUGCCCCGCACUGUGCAUGCUGGAGACGGACCCUGACCGCUCCAACAUCAUCUCCACCAUGAUCUUUGUUACUGGCCUAAUAACCUGGCUCCAAGCAACCUUCGGCUGCCGUCUGCCGAUCGUGCAGGGCGGGACGAUCUCGUUCCUGGUGCCGACGCUGGCGAUCCUGGGCCUGCCGGCGUGGCAGUGUCCAGACGCGGCUGCGCUGGCUGCCAUGACGCAGCAGCAGCGUCGCGACACCUGGACCCUUAGGAUGUGCGAGCUCUCCGGCGCCAUCGCUGUCUCCGCGCUGUUCCAACUAUUUCUAGGUUAUUUCGGCGUGAUCGGUUCCCUGCUGCGUUACGUGACCCCAUUGACUAUCGUGCCAACGGUCUCACUAGUGGGCCUCACGCUCUUCGACCACGCGGCUGAGGCAGCCGCCCAGCAGUGGGGCAUUGCCGCUGGUACGUUCACGCUGCUGACGAUCUUCUCGCAGUGCAUGGGCGGCGUGGAGGUGCCGACGCUGGCGUGGCGGCGCGGGCGCUGCGUCCUCAGCUGGUUCCCGCUCUUCAAACUGUUCCCGGUAUUGCUAACAAUAGUGAUAAUGUGGAUGAUCUGCGCAAUCCUGACGGUGACUGGCGUGUUCCCCGCUGGCCACCCCGCUAGGACCGACCUCAAGAUCAACAUCAUCGAAGACGCGCCUUGGUUCCGCGUGCCUUAUCCCGGGCAAUGGGGAGUCCCAACGGUGAGCGUGGCUGGCGUGCUGGGCAUGUUGGCUGGAGUACUCGCCUGUACCGUGGAGUCCAUUAGCUACUAUCCCACCACGGCGAGGAUGUGUGCGGCCCCCCCGCCACCCCUGCACGCCAUCAACCGCGGGCUCGGCACUGAGGGGCUGGGUACGGUGCUGGCCGGGCUGUGGGGCUCCGGUAACGGUACUAACACCUUCGGAGAGAACGUCGGCGCCAUCGGAGUCACCAAGGUGGGAUCCCGUCGUGUGGUCCAAUGGGCGGCGGGUCUGAUGGUGCUGCAGGGUGUCGUGGGGAAGCUGGGAGCUGUCUUCAUCAUCAUCCCACAGCCUAUAGUCGGGGGGCUGUUCUGUGUCAUGUUCGGCAUGAUAUCUGCUUUUGGUCUAUCAGCGCUGCAGUACGUAAACCUGCACAGUUCUCGGAACCUGUACAUUAUAGGGUUCAGCCUGUUCUUCCCGCUGGUGCUGACUCGCUGGAUGGCGGCGCACAGCGGCGUCAUACAGACGGGUGUGGAAGCCUUAGAUGCUGUGCUGCAGGUUCUACUGUCCACCUCUAUACUAGUUGGGGGGAUCGUUGGAUGCUUACUGGAUAAUUUAAUACCUGGUACUGACGAGGAGCGAGGACUAGCAGCGUGGGCCAAAGAGAUGUCGCUGGAAGCAGCCGGGGCGUCGGAAGAAGGGGACACUUAUGACUUCCCUGUUGGAAUGUCACUUAUUAGAAGAUGGACCUGGACUAAGUAUCUGCCGUUCAUGCCGACGUACGAGGCCGGGAAGUUCACAUCACUCUUCAGGAAGAAGGAGAGCUGAUCUACCAGGAGACCAUGAGGAAGAAAGGUCGUUGGUAAAGCGGACGUGACUUGACGUGUUAAAACUACGGGCGAGGAAAAAGGACAAACAAAAACGCCAACUAAUACAUUUUUUUUAAAGUUGAAUAUCAUUAUGACAGAUUGUUAUUAUACCGUAUUUAUUCACCCGUUUCCAAUAAAUUGUUUAUCAAACAAAAA